AUGCUCAUCGCUCCAUACAACUUGCCAUGUAGACGCCGACGCGACCUUGAACAAGACUGUUUAGAGGCUGUGUUCGUUGAGGCCCGUUGUGGCAAUACGUCCGUGCUCCUGAUAUGUGCCUACUCCCCGCCCAAACUCCAGGCAGCCUCCUUUGAUGCUCUGCAAACAUCCAUUCACCUAAUACAGCAAUCUAAAUUCACCAACAUCUACCUCAUGGGCGAUUUCAACACACACAUAGACUGGACUGACAUGACGUCCCCGAUCCCAUCGGACCCACUGUCCCAUGCUCUUCUUGAUCUUACUGAAUCAUCCGACUUCAUACAGUGCUGCCCUGAUCCCACGUACUCUUCCCCCUCAGGCACUAAAGCCAACCUGGACCUCUUCUUCGCCACAAAUCCCUCCCUAUUGUUGGACUGCACUGUCGAAGACAGCCUCACUAACUGCGACCACAGGGCUAUCUACGCCCGCACAUACAUGGCCCUUCCUCGACUCGGUCGGUUCGCCCGUCUGGUGCGCCGCUUCUCUCUCGCCGACCUAGCCCACCUACAGAUGUUGCUCCACUUGGCCCCGUGGUCCAUGGUGCUCACGGACGACUCCGUGGACGACAUGUACGAACUAUGGCGUGACUUCAUUGAAGCGAUCGUGGCUGAAUGUGUCCCAAACUCCUCUAUACGGCGGCGGCAACAUGCCCCCUGGAUCACAUAUGACAUCAUCAAACUGUCAAGACGAAAGCGCAAGCUCUUCCAUAGAGCGCGGAAGCGCUCCUGCGUAACUAGUCUCGAGGCGGCCAAGAGUACCCAGAGAGAAAUCAAACGCCUCGUCCACGUAUCCUACAAGAAGUAUGCCUGUGAUGUUGCAGCACGCGCUGCUAGGGAGCCGAAACUUUUCUGGGCCUUUGUUAAGUCUCAACGGAAGUCCUCCUACAUCCGACCGUACCUCACACAGAACAACCAUUCUAUUACCGACCCUGCUGCCAUCGCUGACCUCUUCAACCAACACUUCUCAUCCGUCUGGCUUCCCGAAGACCUCCUCCCCACGCCACCUCCCGACCCACCCGCACUGCCCAGCUCCUUAUCCUCUAUCACAAUAACUGAUGAAGACGUCACAAAUUCUCUCGCUCUACUCAAGUCCUCUCAAAAUGCCGGCCCUGAUUCCAUUCACCCAUCCCUCCUAAAGCUCUCCUCUCCUACCCUAACGCCCAUUCUAACCAUAAUGUUCCAGAAAAUUGUUGACUCGGGCACAGUCCCCUCUGCGUGGAAACACUCUCUCAUCACACCUGUCCUCAAAAGAAUUGACCUCAGCACUGACUCGACAGACUCUUAUCGUCCUAUCGCCUCUACAUCAGCUGUCUGCAGGACCUUGGAGAGAAUUGUGAACAAAAAGGUCCUGCAAUACCUAGAAGCAAACUGCUUACUCAGUAGUGCUCAACACGGUUUCAGGCAGGAACGAAGCUGUGAAACCGCCCUCGCUGUGGCUGUUCACACCAUCAGCUCGUCCAUCGACAACCGUGUUCCCUGUGAACUAAUUCAGCUACACUUCUCCAAGGCCUUCGAUCGGAUCAGCCACACGCUCCUAUGCUACAAACUCCGCAACGUUAGAAUCUAA